UGAAGCCAGGCUGGAGAGGUACAGUGAACGCAUUUGGACUUGUAAGAGUACCGGAAGCAGCCAGCUAACACACAAGGAGGCCUGGGAGGAGGAACAGGAAGUUGCUGAACUUUUGAAGGAGGAGUUCCCUGCUUGGUAUGAAAAACUUGUUCUGGAAAUGGUUCACCACAAUACAGCAUCUUUGGAGAAGCUAGUGGAUAGUGCCUGGAUGGAAAUCAUGACCAAAUACGCUGUGGGAGAGGAGUGUGAUUUUGAGGUUGGGAAGGAAAAAAUGCUUAAGGUGAAGAUUGUGAAGAUUCAUCCUUUGGAGAAAGUGGAUGAAGAAGCCACUGAUAAGAAAUCUGAUGGUUCUUGUGAUUCUCCAUCAAGUGAUAAAGAGAAUUCCAGUCAGAUUGCUCAGGACCAUCAGAAGAAAGAGGUUAUAAAAGAAGAUGAGGGAAGGAGAGAAAGUCUAAAUGAUAGAGCACGCAGAUCCCCACGAAAACUCCCUACUUCACUUAAAAAAGGAGAAAGAAGGUGGGCUCCUCCAAAAUUUCUGCCUCACAAAUACGAUGUGAAGCUUCAAAAUGAAGACAAGAUCAUCAGCAACGUCCCCGCAGACAGUUUGAUUCGCACAGAGCGUCCACCAAACAAGGAAAUCCUGCGGUAUUUCAUACGGCAUAAUGCAUUACGUGCUGGGACUGGCGAAAACGCACCCUGGGUGGUAGAAGACGAAUUAGUCAAGAAGUAUUCCCUGCCUAGCAAGUUUAGUGACUUUUUACUUGAUCCGUACAAGUACAUGACUCUCAAUCCUUCUACCAAGAGGAAAAAUACUGGAUCCCCAGACCGGAAGCCCUCAAAGAAAACCAAAACUGACACCUCUUCUCUCACUUCACCACUAAAUCCUAAGUUAUGGUGCCAUGUGCACUUGAAGAAAUCUUUGAAUACUUCUCCUCUCAAAGUAAAGAACUCAAAGAAUUCCAAAUCUCCAGAAGACCAUCUAGAGGAAGUGAUGAAGAUGAUGUCACCCAACAAACUCCACACUAACUUUCACAUUCCGAAGAAAGGCCCAGCUGCUAAGAAGCCAGGGAAGCACAGUGACAAACCUUUGAAGGCAAAGGGCAGAAGCAAAGGUAUUCUGAAUGGACAGAAAUCCACAGGGAAUUCCAAAUCUCCCAAAAAGGGGUUGAAGACUCCUAAAACCAAAAUGAAGCAAAUGACUUUGUUGGAUAUGGCCAAAGGUACUCAGAAAAUGACACGAGCCCCACGGAAUUCUGGGGGUACACCUAGAUCUUCUAAUAAGCCUCAUAAACAUCUGCCUCCUGCUGCGCUCCACCUCAUUGCCUACUACAAAGAAAACAAAGACAGGGAGGACAAGAAGACCGCCCUGUCCUGUGUUAUCUCCAAAACAGCUCGUCUUCUGUCCAAUGAAGACAGAGCUCGUCUCCCGGAAGAACUUCGAAAUCUUGUUCAGAAGCGCUAUGAGCUUCUAGAGCACAAAAAGAAAUGGGCCUCCAUGUCUGAAGAGCAGCGCAAGGAAUAUCUGAAAAAGAAACGAGAGGAGCUGAAAGAGAGGUUGAAGGAGAAAGCCAAAGAGCGGAGAGAGAAAGAAAUGCUUGAGAGGCUCGAAAAGCAGAAGCGGUUUGAGGACCAAGAGUUGCCUGGCAGAAACCUUCCGGCAUUCCGACUGGUAGAUACUCCCGAAGGGCUGCCCAACACCCUCUUUGGGGAUGUGGCCAUGGUGGUGGAAUUCCUGAGCUGUUACUCUGGACUGCUCCUCCCAGAUGCUCAGUAUCCUAUUACUGCUGUGUCUCUUAUGGAAGCCUUGAGUUCAGAUAAAGGUGGCUUUUUAUAUUUGAAUAGGGUAUUGGUCAUCCUCUUGCAGACCUUAUUACAAGAUGAAAUAGCAGAGGACUACGGUGAACUGGGAAUGAAGCUGUCAGAAAUCCCACUGACUCUGCAUUCUGUUUCAGAGCUGGUGCGGCUCUGCUUGCGUAAAUCUGAUGUUCAGGAGGAAAGCGAGGGUUCAGACACAGAUGACAAAGAUUCGGCACCAUUUGAGGACAAUGAAGUACAAGAUGAGUUUCUGGAGAAGUUGGAAACAUCUGAAUUUUUUGAGCUAACAUCAGAGGAGAAGCUGCAGAUUUUGACUGCCCUCUGCCACCGUAUUCUUAUGACUUACUCAGUGCAAGACCACAUGGAAACUAGACAGCAGAUGUCUGCAGAACUGUGGAAGGAACGGCUAGCUGUGUUGAAGGAAGAAAAUGAUAAGAAGAGAGCAGAGAAACAGAAACGGAAAGAACUGGAGGCCAGGAAUAAGGAAAAUGGAAAAGAGGAGAAUGGGUUAGGAAAAACUGAUCGGAAAAAAGAAAUUGUGAAAUUUGAACCCCAAGUAGAUAUGGAAGCUGAAGACAUGAUUAGUGCUGUGAAGAGCAGAAGGCUGAUGGCCAUUCAGGCCAAGAAGGAACGAGAAAUCCAAGAGAGAGAAUUGAAAGUGAAGUUAGAACGAGAGGCUGAAGAAGAACGAAUACGGAAACACAAAGCAGCGGCCGAGAAGGCUUUCCAAGAAGGAAUUGCGAAAGCAAAACUGGUCAUGAGGCGCACUCCUAUUGGGACAGAUAGAAACCAUAAUAGAUACUGGCUCUUCUCAGAUGAAGUUCCAGGAUUGUUCAUUGAAAAAGGAUGGGUCCAUGACAGUAUUGACUACCGAUUCAGUCAUCACCGGAAAAGCCACUUGGAUUCUCCAGACGAAGAUUACUAUCCCCGAAGUAAGAAAGCAAAUGUCGGCAAAAAUGCAAACAUGAAUACCCAGCAUGGGCCAGCAGGAGAGACUGCUGUGGAGAAUACCAUACCCAAACAAGGACAGAACCUAUGGUUUUUGUGUGAUAGUCAAAAGGAACUGGAUGAGUUACUAAACUGCCUCCAUCCUCAGGGAAUAAGAGAAAGUCAACUUAAGGAGAGAUUAGAGAAGAGGUACCAGGAUAUUAUUCACUCCAUCCAUUUGGCCCGGAAGCCAAAUUUGGGCCUGAAGUCCUGUGAUGGUAAUCAGGAGCUCUUGAACUUUCUGAGAAGUGAUCUCAUUGAGGUUGCAACAAGGUUACAAAAGGGAGGACUUGGCUAUGUGGAAGAAACAUCUGAAUUCGAGGCUCGGGUUGUAUCAUUAGAAAAACUGAAGGAUUUUGGUGAGUGUGUGAUUGCCCUUCAGGCCAGUGUCAUAAAGAAAUUUCUCCAAGGCUUCAUGGCUCCCAAGCAAAAGAGAAGAAAACCCCAAAGCGAAGAUUCAUCAAAGACUGAGGAGGUGGAUGAAGAGAAAAAAAUAGCAGAGGAAGCAAAGGUUGCAUCCGCUCUAGAAAAAUGGAAGUCGGCGAUCCGAGAAGCUCAGACCUUUUCGAGAAUGCACGUUCUGCUCGGGAUGCUCGAUGCCUGUAUCAAGUGGGAUAUGUCAGCAGAAAAUGCACGAUGCAAAGUUUGCCGCAAGAAAGGUGAGGAUGACAAACUGAUCCUGUGUGACGAAUGUAACAAAGCCUUCCACCUGUUCUGUCUGAGGCCGGCCCUCUAUGAAGUACCAGAUGGCGAGUGGCAGUGCCCAGCUUGCCAGCCUGCUACCGCUAGGCGCAACUCUCGUGGCAGGAAUUACACUGAGGAAUCCACCUCUGAGGACAGUGAAGAUGACCAAAGUGACACGGAGGAGGAGGAGGAGGAGGAGGAGGAUUAUGAGGUAGCAGGGUUGCGAUUGAGACCGCGAAAGACUGUUCGAGGCAAGCAGGGUGUCAUCCCUCCCGUGGCAAGGCCUGGUCGACGCCCAGGGAAGAAGUCCCAGCCAGCCAGGAGGACCCGCCAGAAGGCACCACCUGUGGACGAUGCCGAGGUUGAGGAGCUGAUGCUUCAAACCAAGCGGAGCUCCCGGAGGCAAAGCCUAGAGCUGCAGAAAUGUGAAGAGAUCCUCCACAAGAUCGUCAAGUUCCGCUUCAGCUGGCCUUUCAGGGAGCCUGUGACCAGAGACGAGGCCGAAGACUACUACGAUGUCAUCUCCCAUCCCAUGGACUUUCAGACAAUGCAGAACAAGUGUUCCUGCGGGAGCUACCGCUCUGUGCAGGAGUUUCUCACCGACAUGAAGCAAGUGUUUACCAAUGCCGAGCUCUACAAUUGCCGCGGCAGCCACGUCCUCAACUGCAUGGUGAAGACAGAACAGUGUGUGGUGGCUCUGGUGCAUAAACACCUUCCCAGUCACCCGUAUGUCCGCAGGAAACGCAAGAAGUUUCCUGACCGGCUGCCUGAAGAUGAAGGGGACAGUGACCCAGAGCCCACUGGGCAGUCCAGGGCACGAAGACAGAAGAAGUAGAGGCAGGACCCCGGUGUCGGUGUCCUGAAGGCCGUAGAGCUCUGUAGUCACCAGCAUCAUGAAACACUUGUAGUCUUUUGAGUUGAUCUUGGCAGAGUGAAGGGUCGUUUCCGGAGCCAUUCCUGAGUCCCCCGCCCCUUCUUUGUGACACCCCCCUCUCCACCUCACCCGCCCCCUAAAAAAAAACCACCACAAAAUAAAAACGAAGGCACUUCACUUUUAGAGAGACUGAGGUCCUGCUUACAAUCAUGCACAGAACUUUUCCUUUGAUGGAUCUGGCCAGAGGGGUGUUGGAGCUCAGCCCACCCACAUACCAGACAAGCUCUUGGGGAAGCAGAAGAAAAGCAGGAAGAAUUUAAAGGUUUAAUUUUUUUUUUAAAUUGACUUUUCUAGUUAUUAAAAGUUGCUUGUUUUCAGCAGUGAUAUUGUAUAAAGAACAUCUUGUAAAGUAUUUCUGUCAUCUUGCUUUGGCACAUGUACAGUACAGUUUCUAUGAGAACGUGUUUGCUUUACUUGGCCCGUCUUGUCCCCCAGCCACUCACCUCUCUCUGCUUUGGAGAAAUGGGUUGGAGACCCAUCAAGGCAGGCAG